AUGGAAAAGAUAAGAAACCAUCACUCAUCCAAGGACAUCGACAGAGUGUUAAACUCUAAAUCAAACCCAAGAUAUAGAAAAAUCUGCUCCUUUAAUGUUACCAGACCAGAGGAUUAUCUUCAGUUCAGGGCUCUGAAUUUAAACAAAUUAAGAGCCGUUAGUCGUCUCAGAGUAGCAAGUAAAGAUUUUAUGAAAAUAUACUUAAAAGAUGCUACUUUGACUAUUAAAUCCAGUGAGGCGCGGAGGAAGAUAGAAAAAAGGGUCGUUAGGGAAGGAGAGGGUGUUGUCCAAGGCGCUCUAGGUGGGCCGUCGUUAUGUACUCCACUUCUUCUGCUUCUGGUCGGUCCUCGUCAGCUGAAGGAUACUGCCUGUCAGGAGCAGCCUUCUAGUAGUCCUCUUUAG